AUGAGCAAAAUAGGUAAGGAGUUGCUGAUCAUCUUCGAACAGGAGGCAGAACAGUGGGCCUCGUACAUGCACUCCAUCCUUGCCAAAUCUGUCCUGGAGCCGGGGAUCUGUUGCUACAACAUUGCUAUGGUAUCUAAACGCAGAGACGACUUCCUGGAACUGAUGGGCUACAAGUGCAAAUUACUCAUCCUGUCACGAGGUAUGCUGGAAGGCCUGUGUCAGCUGCGUCGCUUCUUCUUAGCCCGGGUGCUGAAGCCUGAGGCUUGUGUGGUGGUGCUGCUGUGUGGUGUCGAAAGCCUGGAACCCCUGCUAGAACUCAUUCCUCUUAGGAGUGAAGAAUGCCUGCAAAUUUCAAGCGAACAAGAUGCACAGGAGUACCGCUCAGCUGUGCUCAACAUCAUUCGCAGAGGCGGACAGAUAUCAGCAGGGGACACGAAGAUUUCUCAGGAACCAAAACUGGACAGAAGGCACUCUGCUGGUUCUGCACUGGCAAAAUCCUCUUUGAUAGUCCUGCCCUGUCGUGUUCCUUGUGAGAACCCUGGGGAGGUGUUCCUUCUCCUGAAGCAGGCCAUGGCCAGUAAAGACUGGGAGGUGGAGUUCAGUGGGAGCAAGCAGAAAGUGAGAGUAAAAGCAGUGAACUGGAAUGAGAGCACUCUCAGUGUGACAGCUGCAGAAUUUCCUGCUGGGAGUGUAGUGGUAACGCUCUACUGUGGAGGUGUAAGAAAGGGCAGCACACACCUACACUACUACAACACCAUGGGAGAGAUUUCCCGCCUACUGAAGCAAGCUGCAGAACCGAUGAACUUCAUGUGUCAGGCUUUUCAGUUAUCCUCCUCAGAGAAGCUGGAUGCUAUUCUAGCUGCAUGCGUGUUGAAGAAGAUGCCUACUGGAGGUUUUCAAGGACUGCAGAAUGAUCAGACUCUGACUGGAGUAUCCCACUCAGAGGACAUCCCAACUCUCCUGCACUUUGCGGCGCAGUAUGGCUUAAAAGAUCUAACCAGUGUUCUGCUGCAGUGUCCUGGAGCUCAGCAAGCCAUCAGAAUCACCGACUGUUCCGGACACACACCACUUGUCCUAGCACAAAAAAAUGGACAUUCACAGCUCCAUGUUCUUCUGAAGGAAUCUCUGGCCCAAAGCAGCCAUGAUGACACAAAUGAUGACACAAGUGUGUACGAGUUGAUGGGCAGUACCGUGAAUCGGCGGGUUGCCGACAGCCGUGAUCAGCCUCACACAGCGGGAGCCAGAGAUGCUAAAGUGCAGGCGGAGAUAGACGACGAUCCCUAUACACUCGAAGUGAAUGAUGAAGAAUAUGACUCGAUCCUGGCCUCCAGCAGCGGCUCAGUGGUGAUGACCAACCGCCCCCCUGCACCUGCCCCCCGACCUGAGAGUCUCCCCAGCAAGGAGGUGAAUGUACCUUACAUCGCGCAGGUCUUCCAGAAGAAAAUGUCCCAGGCAGAUACUGAGACUCUCUACUCUUUUCCUGCUAAUCAAACCAGCAGUCAAGACUCAUGCACAUACGACACCUUUAUGCCGAGUCCAGUGCCCGGACUGGAUGAGCUCAUUAAACUGCAGGAGCAGGUGAAGAAAGGAUCACUCAGCGUGGACGAGGCCCUGGAGAGAUUCAGUGACUGGCAGAGGGUUCAGAAAGGAUUAGAUGGCAUCCAGCAGGAGAAACUGCGGCAGUUGCGGGCAAGCAUUAUGAAUAACAGAGAGGACAGUGAUGACAGUGUCUACGAUAAAAUCAACAUCGUUCAUCAUACGCCAUCUGCGCCUACUAAAGAAUGCAGAAAAGGAAGCCAGCAAGCAGAGGGGAACUACAGCAAACCCGCAAAUUUUUUUCGGAAAGCAGAUAAGCGAUGA